AUGGCGUGCACGGGAACCCCGGCGAGGACAUACAGGAGCCGCGCGGCGGGGGUGGGCAGGCAGGACAACCCUGCACACGGCUGCCCGCCCCGGCAGUGCCGCUGGCCCGGGCCAUCACGCCCUCGCCGUCCUUCGGUCACCUGCCCUGUCGGGGUAAAGUUAGGAAGUGAGCAACCGUCAGGGUCGCCAGGCCCUUCACCUGGGACAGCGGGGUGUGUCCUGACCUCCCCGCCCGCAGGCGCGAAGACCCCCUUGUGGAAGAAGGAACUGGGAAAGCCCCGGGCCACGGAGGCAGAGCAGGAGGAAGCGCAGGAGGGCUCGGAGGAGGACGACGAGGAGGGCCCGCCGGAGGAGCGCGCGGCCGAGGGCUCAGAGCAGCCGCGGGAGGCGCAGGAGGCCGAGGGCCACGAGCGGGGCUCGGUGUCCUACAGCCCGCUGCGCCAGGAGCCCAGCGGCCAGCAGGUGGCGCUGCUGCGGCGCGCCGACGGCGGCUUCUGGGGCUGGCUCAGCCCCUUCGCGCUGCUCGGCGGUCUGGUGGCUCCAGCCGACAGGAGGCGGAGUCUCCCGGAGGAGCCGUGCGUGCUGGAGACGCGGCGGCGACCUCCGCGCCCCGGGUGCUGUGCGCGUUGCGAGAUCCUUUUCUGCAAGAAAUGCAGGAUCCUGCACAGCCCCCCGGCCUACGUGGCGCACUGCGUUCUGGAACACACGGAUCUGGGUAAGGCGGGUGCCGCCGGGGCGGGAGAAAUGCCCCACCUCAGAGCCGCCCGCGGGGCGCCCCCUCGGGCGAAGAGGCCCACCGUUGAGGCGGGGGUCUCCAUUGGCCACCUAGCGCCUGCCAGGGCAGAGCCCAGCGUCACCUAG